AUGGCUGCACGGCAAAUUGAAUUUGAAUUGGGCUGCGUAAGAGUCAUUUUCCAACGCAAAAGUGGACAAGAAAUUGUAUUCGAAGAAUUGGUUUGCAUAUUCUUUAGCAAUGGUCAAGACUACUGGGAAGGAAACUUGGUAUUAGUCCCCGGUGAAACCAUUUCUGUUUCAUCGGAUUUGAACCAUCCAUACAAGAUAUGGUUCAAUUACGUUGCAUAUAACGCAGAAGACCCGAGCUUUGACUCAGAAUAA